AUGGAUUUAUCACUUGCGAAAUUGCUAAAUGAGCUGCAGUUAGCAGAGACUAUUAUCAAGCAACAAGCUCCUCCUGUGAUACUGAAUUUUGAGAUAGGUUCUUCUUCUAAGUCGAGAGGCGGGAAAAAUAAGAAAAAGGCUAAAAAAUCCUUUGUUGGUGGCGCAACUACUGGUGUGAAAAACCCUAAGGGCAAGUGUUAUUACUACAAGAAACCUAAGCAUCAUAAGAAACAAUGUCCGGGUUAUCUGACCAAGCUGAAUAAUAAACCAUGUGAUUUACAUCUACUUUUCAUUGAAACUCUUUUAGCGGCUGUUACGUUGAUUAUAGGUCUGAUCCGCAGGGGAACAAGUGAGGAAUCUGGUUCUGAGAGGGAACAUUAA